AUGGCUAGUCAGGUGGCCGGGAAAUCUGGGAAUGGUCUGUGUGACAUACAGCACACCAAGGGCACCCUGCAYGAGAUCCUCCACAGGGAGCAUCCACGCGAGAGCCAGCGGCAUCUACAGCAGCACCCACCAAACCGCUCCGCAGGGAGCGGCAGCUGCCCCUGCGCGGAUGGCAGGAGAGUUGUCCUGAAAAUGCCAGAAGUCACCUGCAGAAGAGCUUCUGAAGUGCUCCUGAAGACCUCAGCUUUUAUCAGGAACUUGCCUUCCUUUUAUCACGUGCCUUGGGAGGAUCAGGCCGCCCUCAUACAGCAGAACUGGGCCCCUCUUUUUGUCCUGGGACUGGCACAAGAAGGGGUGGAUUUUGAGCUGAGAGAGAUUUCGGCCCCUAGUUUGUUGAAAAAAAUUCUCCUCAAUCAAUCUCCUACAGCUCGUGAUGAACCAGGCAGUUCCUCACUUGGAGCACCUCUAGCAGCAGUUCAGAAGAUGAAGAAUUUAUUGUGGAAAUUAUGGGACCUGGACCUAAGUGCCAGAGAAUAUGCCUACCUUAAAGGAAUUAUUCUUUUUAAUUCUGGACGGCAUGUCCUGAAAUGUCUUCCCUAUGUACAGACCCUGCAGCAGGAGGCUCAGGAGGCUCUGAUGGACUUCAUCUCACUGAUGUUCCGCAGCCGCCUGGGCAGGUUUGCGUGGAUUCUGCAGCUACUCACCUCUCUCCACGACGUUGAGGCGGGUGCUAUUGAAGAGCUCUUCUUCAGCUCCAUCCUGGGAGAUGUCACCAUAAAUGAAUUACUUUUACAAGUCCUACAUAUUAAGCCAGACUGGCUUUGAAAACAGGUGACCUCAAAUACCUAAUUCCGAAGAGAU